AUGGCGACCGAAGACGCGCUUGCGCCGCCCGUGCAGGACGCUGUCGCCGUCCCAGACUUCCCCGUCAAGCCCUCGGACAGGCCUUCCUCGAAGCAGCAGCGCUACGACAGGCAGCUCAGGCUUUGGGCGUCGUCCGGGCAGAGUGCGCUCGAGAACGCCCACGUCCUCGUCGUCAACGGGAACGCGACCGCCACGAGCACGCUCAAGAACCUCGUCUUGCCAGGCGUAGGCAGGUUCACCGUACUGGACUCGGUCGCCGUCGACGAGUCUGACCUCGGCGCCAACUUCUUCAUCGACCCCUCGAGCGUCGGCAAACCCAAGGCGGAAGAGGUCGUCAAGUUUCUGCUCGAGCUGAACGGGGAUGUGCAGGGAGAGGCGCUUGUCCAUCCCCUCUCUUCCCUCUCCGACCUCUCUCCCUACUCCCUCAUCCUCGCCGUCGAUGUCGCUUCGCCUUCCGAACUCCUCUCACUCGCCGACGCAGCAUGGAAGCAGGACAUUCCCCUCAUCAAGGUCGAGACUUGCGGUUUCUACGGCACCCUGAGAACGCAGGUCAAGGAGUUGACGAUCGUCGAGACCCACCCCGAAUCCAUCGUCGACCUCCGCCUCUCGCAUCCCUUCCCCGCCCUCGUCGAGCACGCCAACUCGUACGACUACUCGUCGAUGGACACCGAACAGCACGGACACGUUCCCGCUGUAAUUGUGCUCAUCAAGGCACUCGAGGAGUGGAAGGCGAGCCAUGGCGGCCAAGUUCCCACCGGAUCGGCUGAGAGGAAGGCGUUCAUGAACGGCGUCAUGAAGCAGAAGGUGCAGUCGGACGAGGAGAACUUUGACGAGGCGGUGACGCUGUACAGGCGCGCGGGCACGAAGCACGGGAUUCCUUCCGACGUCCAGGUGCUCUUCGACGACCCGGCUUGCGAAAACGUCUCUUCCUCUAGCCCGAACUUCUGGAUCCUCGUUCACGCUCUUCGCGCCUUCGUUCGCCAUCCCUCCAACCCCUCGAACCUCCUUCCUCUUCCCGGCGCUCUUCCCGACAUGAAAGCCUCAUCGUCCGGCUACGUCACCCUCCAAACGCUCUACAAGGGUAAAGCGCGUGAAGACCUCGCGCUGGUCAAGCACCUCGUUGGUGAGACGCUUGACCGUGUCGGACUCGAGAGGAGCAGGAUCGCGGAUGAGGAGGUCGAGACGUUUGUCAAGCAUGCGGCGUGGCUGAAGGUCGUCAGGGGGAGGAGCUUGAGGGAGGAGGAGAACGACUGCUCCUUGAAGGGAAAGAUCGGCUCGACUCUCUCAGCCGCCCCGUUCCAGCAACCGCCCGACUCGUCGCUUUACAUUUACGCAGCCCUCCGCUCCGCCUCGACCUUCCUAACCCUGCACAACCGCUACCCCGGCUCGUCUCUCCCCUCUGCCGCUCCGUCGGCCGAAGCAGAUUCGUCGGUCGACUGGGAAGCGGACGCUGCGGCGCUCGCGAAGAUUGCGGUCAAGCUGGUGGAGGAGUGGAGCGAGGGGGAGGACCUCGCGAGCAUGGGCAUCGAUGCGGAGCAGUGGAAGGAAGACUUGACGAAGGUGUGCAAGGAAGUCGCCCGCGCUCCGCCUUCGACGACCCUCCCGCAGACUUCGGCUCUCCUGGGCGGUCUCGUCGCGCAAGAGGCAAUCAAGGUCAUCACGAAGCAGUACAUCCCGCUCAACGGGACGUGCGUGUGGGACGGCAUCAGGAGCGGGACGGGCAUCGUUGAUGCUUGA